UUGAGGUCGCUGCUGGUCUUCGACGCUUUCGUAUCCCUCCCUUCAUUGCCGUGUCGUGCCCCAAGGGUUUGAGGCAAGAGCAAGAAGUGAGAUACAUUUCAUGCCAGAAUUUGCGCCGUCUUCGAUAACAGUUUGAGUGUCUGUAGCUCUACUGUUAAUACAAAUAUUUUAUUCAAACGUGAGAUUAGGAGGGUUUUAGCUUGAUUUCAAGCAGGAAGAUGGAUUCUGAAGGGAACCUGUCAGGGAACUCGUCAGGCGAGUUGCCUAAGAUUUUGAAGGAUCAGACAAACGUUAGCACUGGAAUUGGCCCCACGGGUACCGAUACUCCUGCUCCAAAGGACCUUAUGCUCCAUUGUGAUCAAAUGGAGCACAGCUUGAAGGAGCCUCUUUCUCGACCUCCUGGAGCGCUUUUUCAAGUUGGCUCUGGUUUGAAAGGCGACCAGAGUGAGAAAAUUCCCGAACCUAUCAGCGAGGAGCAACCAAUCAGCAAUAGUUCUCAUCCAGAAUCUACCGCAAAAUGAAUCAAGGAGUGAAUGAUUUGGAGCUGUGGCGGGGUUAGCUAUAAAAUUCGAUUGAUGUCAAGCAGCACCGUUGGAGUUAAUUUUGUAGGGAUGAACAUUUGCAUUAAAUGUUGCACCACUUGAUUAUAAUAGAUUGUACAUAUUAAUCGAUGCUCAGUGUUGUUCUUUGGAGGAUUCGAAGUGCAAUACCUUACAAGAGGUCAAUAUUUCUCAAAUCUUAUGAUUCACUACUUAGCCUCUUGAAAAAAUCGUAACACUGGAUCACACAAUUCCUUUGAGCCACCUACAGUGUUUAUUUUUGCACCAGCCCUAUAUUCACUGCAGGUUACUAUUGUUAUCAA